UCGAGUGAGCUACCGAAGAGGAGAAGGUGCCUGCAGCAGAAGAAACGAGUCCUCGCUCACGAGACAACUUUUCGCCUUCGAUUUGUGUACAGUACACAUAUAUAUCGACGCUUCUUCCUGGUGUCGUUGCUGCUAGUACUUGGGCGUUGACUAUUUUUGAAAACCCAGUGUUCCCUGGAGGGACACGUAGACUCCGGCUGAAUCAAGAGAAGAUACAUCCAAAGGGCGUCGAAGAGCUUUUGGGCUGAUUAUUUCGAGGACAACAGCAGCAACACAUCACCUAUACAAGCAACAUGGCUCUCAGCGAUGCUGACGUUCAGAAGCAGAUCAAGCAUAUGAUGGCCUUCAUCGAACAGGAGGCCAAUGAGAAAGCUGAAGAAAUCGAUGCCAAAGCUGAAGAAGAGUUUAACAUUGAGAAGGGAAGAUUGGUGCAGCAGCAGCGUCUCAAAAUCAUGGAGUAUUAUGAAAAGAAAGAAAAGCAAGUUGAGUUGCAAAAGAAAAUUCAAUCAUCUAACAUGCUAAAUCAAGCCCGUCUCAAAGUGCUCAAAGUUCGUGAGGAUCACGUGAGAAAUUGUCUGGAUGAAGCUAGAAAGAGGCUAGGUGAGGUGUGCAGAGACCAAGGAAAAUAUGCUGAAAUUUUGAAACUCCUUAUACUUCAAGGUCUUUACCAGUUACUUGAAUCUAAUGUAGCGAUCAGAGCAAGACAAGCAGAUCACGCGUUGAUUGAAUCAUUAAUGCCAAGUAUUCAGCAAGAGUACAAAAAUACUUCCAAAAAAGAAGUUAAUCUAAAAAUGGAUCAGGACAACUUCUUGGCUCCUGACGGCUGUGGUGGUGUUGAGCUACUGGCUGCCAAAGGGCGUAUAAAGAUUGUCAACACGUUGGAGAGCAGACUAGAACUGAUUGCCCAGCAGCUGAUCCCGGAAAUACGCACAGCACUCUUUGGUCGUAACGUAAACCGUCGAUUUACCGAUUAAAUUCGCGAAUAAAGAUAAACUCGUACGCGAACGCGCAAACACACUCGUCGCGCAAAAACAUUCCUGUUAAUUUCGUCGCGUCUACGUAUAAAUAAAAAUAAUUAUGAAAAUGAAGAAAAAAAAAGAUUUUGUUCAUAUGUACGUGCCGGACAAUUGAUAUUGUAAUUCUGCCGUACCAAAAUGUUGAAAAAAAAAAAAAAAAAAAAAAAAAA